ACCACCUCUCCAAGAAUCAGCUGAGCACGAGAAGUGAUCGCCAAUGCCAUCUCGUCCGAUUAGAAUUGCUGGGGCUUCCGGCAGCGCAAGUGACAGGCGUCAUGCCAUAUUGUCCUUAGCGUGUAAUUACCCAAAUGAUCCGAUUGAUUUGAUAAUCGGCGACUGGAUGUCGGAAGGCAAUAUGACGGCUCGAGCAUGGUCGAAAGUACGAGGAGACCCAACGGACAUUGCAUAUGAGCCAACGUUCUUGGAGGCCGUCACUCCAGCACUGCCAUAUCUUGCAAAGUAUGGCAUCAAACUUGCUGUCAACGCAGGCGCUAGCGAUCCAAUGGGACUCUGCGAGGUUGUUCGAAAACUUGUCAAGGAAAAGGGACUCGACCUAAAGGUGGCUUGGAUCGAAGGCGAUGAGGUGCUUCCCAUCAUCAAAACGCGCGUGGCGUCUGGCGAAGAAAAGUUCGAAAAUAUCUGCACCGGGGAGCUCUUGCGUGACUGGAAGUUCGAGCCAAUUUCAGCUCAAGCCUACUUAGGGGGCCUCGGGAUUGCGGAAGCGCUUCGACGAGGCUCGGAUAUUGUUAUUGCAGGUCGAGUAUCGGACGCGUCGCCUGUUAUAGGAGGUGCCUACUGGUGGCAUAAUUGGAAACGGUCUGACUUAGAUCAGCUGGCGAACGCCUUCGUCUGUGGCCAUCUGAUUGAAUGCAGUACGUAUGUUACGGGAGGCAACUUCACCGGAUUUAAAGAUCUCGAAGCUGAAGGGUGGGAUGAUUUGGGAUUCCCGAUUGCAGAAAUCUCAUCCUCCGGUGAGGUGAUCGUUACGAAGCAGAAAGGCACCCAGGGCCGAGUGACGACAGAUACAUGCACUUCGCAGCUUUUGUACGAAAUUCAAGGUCCCUGGUACUUCAAUUCAGACGUUACCGCAAUUUUGGACGAGCUCUGGUUUGAGCAGCUUUCUGAAAAUAGAGUUGCGCUGAGGGGAGUAAAGUCUGCGCCGCCUCCUCCUACCACGAAAGUGGGUCUUACUGCCCGUCCUUGCUAUCAAGUUGAAUUCCACUUCUUCCCGACUGGUCUUGACAUUGACGCGAAAGCGCGGAUGUGCGAAGCCCAAAUCCGAAAGGCAAUUGGAGACCACGCCAAGAAAUUCAUCAAAUUCGAGUUCACCAAGAACGGUACAGCAAUGGAAAAUCCGACGAACCAGAAUGCUGCUACCGUCGAUUUGAGAAUAUUCGUCCAAGCCAGGGAGGAGCAGGACGUGUCGCCGGCUAAAGUUCUUCGGCCAUGUUUGGAUUCAAUAAUGCACAGCUAUCCGGGUUCAACACCUCAUCUCGAUUUUAGACAAGGAUUCCCCAAGCCAGCCUUCGAGUACUACGUCACCUUGAUUCCGCAGUCUGAUGUUGAUCACAAGGUUCAUCUGGAAAGCGGAGAGACCAUCAGAAUUGACCCCCCGUCUGUUACGAAGGUAUGGGAUAAGCAGCAACCAUCACAACCAACUACAACUCAAGGGGUCGAUCUGAGUACUUUUGGCGCAACGACGAGAGGGCCUCUCGGAUGGGUCGCACAUGCAAGGAGUGGAGACAAAGGGAGCAACGCCAACGUGGGCUUCUGGGUCAAAACGGACGAGCAGUGGAACUGGCUAAGGACCUUGUUGAGUGUUGAUAAAAUGAAAGAGCUUCUUGCAGAUGAGUAUAAGCAAGGAAAGAAGAUUGAUCGGUUUGAGCUUCCAAAUGCGCGAGCUGUGCAUUUCCUUUUACAUGAUCAUUUGGACAGAGGCGUUAGUUGUUCAAGCUCGUACGAUUUCCUCGCGAAGAACGUUGCAGAGUUCCUUCGUGCGCGCCACGUCGAUAUUCCUGUCAAGUUCUUGAGCAGGGGAAAAUUAUAGAGGAGGCUUAGGAGAUGACAAGUUUUGUAGAACAACGUGUACUGCAGGAAGCAUUUCUCAUCCAUGUCUAUGUCCUCUGAGAACUCAUGUCAUCAAAGCGAAACUCGACACAUUUGGCGCAUCAUGUAGUGUAUGGGAUGAAGAACUUUACCUUUUAAGAAAACGCAGU